CUCGUCUUGGGGGGGCGGCCGGCCCGGGGAAGGGGGGUGGUCGCGGCCCUCGGUGGACUCUUCGCACCUUGGCGCCGUCCGGGACGAGGAGCGGGAGGACGAGGACCAGAAGGGGUCCGCGGUGACCGCGGGGGACCCCCGGGAUUUCCCGCGCCAACCAGCUUCGGGGAAUGCGUUCGCGGUGAGCACGCCCGGCGACGGCGGCGGCGUUGGCGGCAGCAGCAGCGGCCUCCUGGUUCACCCCGGCUCCCUACGCCAUGGUCACGUACAGCAAAUUCCCCGCCAUAGGGAUGAGCCACCGUCUGGACUCAAGCCUGCGCCUCAAGGCCUUCAGCUCCAAAAGCGAGUACCAGCUGGUGAUGAACGCCGUCCACAAGCUCCAACAGUGCGGCUUCUACUGGAGCACGGUGACCGGAGGCGAAGCCAACCUGCUCCUCAGCGCCGAGCCGGCCGGGACCUUCCUUAUCCGCGACAGUUCGGACCAGCGGCACUUCUUCACGCUCAGCGUCAAGACCCAAGCUGGAACCAAAAACCUGCGCAUCCAGUGCGAGGGGGGCUGCUUCUCCUUGCAGAGCGACCCCCGCAACACGCAGCCCAUACCCCGCUUUGACUGUGUCCUCAAACUGGUCCACCACUACAUGCCGCCAUCCUCCUGCUCCUCCUCCACGUCCUCCUCCUCCUCCAGCCCCCCAAAGACGCCACCCCAGAAACGUACCUACUACAUCUACUCGGGCGGGGAGAAGAUUCCCCUCGUGCUCAAUCGCCCGUUGGCCUCCAAUGUGGCCAGUCUCCAGCACCUGUGUCGCAAGACGGUCAACGGUCACUUGGAAUCCUACGAGAAGGUGGCCCAGUUGCCGGGGCCCAUCAAGGAGUUUUUGGACCAGUACGACGCCCCGCUUUAAAAGAUGGGGCGGGAGGGGGCGGGGAGGGGAUGUGUGUCCCCCCCCCCGCACAAGGCACAAGCACAAGAAUCCAGCCCAUCUCUGGUUCUUCUCCGCCUGCCCUGCACAAGGGGGGUCAGGAGACCCCUCCCUCCUCCCCGCACCCAAAUCCUCUCCCGCCCCCGCCGUGACGUGGAGCGGUCUGGAAGAAGAAAGGCUCCGUGGUCUCCAUCCAACUUCUGGAGGAUUGGCCGGGCCUUGUGGGACGAAUUUAGAAAACGAGGGUCUCGGAGAAGACGGAGGGGUGGGGAGGGGGCUGUGAACUGUUGGCAUUCAGCGCGGGGAGGGGUGCCCCCUCCCCGCACCCCCAUCCUAGAGACUCUAAAAGUGUUCAGUUUGAAACUUCUCCGCUCCCCCCACCCCGGGUGGUCCAAGGGGCCGGGGGAAGACAAGCCCCUCUCCCCGUGGGACCCCCCCUUCCAGGCUGGGGGAGGGCAGAACCGAUCCAUCGGAGGUCGUGGAGUUGUGCAGUUACCUUUGCAUCUCCUUCACGUCCCCCCUCUCCCCCGGCCUCUGGCCCUCUCCCCAGGCGGGGGAAUCACCAGAAACAAGAAGUUCCCACACAAGCACUAGGAUCCAGCUAGUGCCUGAAAGUAAAUACAGCUUGUCCCGUUUUAAGGGGGAAGCGAGAUUUUUUUUUUUUUUAAUGUGGGGAUUGGGGGUGGGGGGAUGGGGUCAUUGUAACCCUCAGCCAUCACCUGGAGGGAAAUGCAGGGCAGAGAUGGGGAGGGGGACAUCUGUUCCCCCAAAUCUCCUACAGGUGGUUUCCCCCACCUUCUCCAUUUGGCCAGAGAAUUUGCCUUAAACCCUCCCUGUCCCAUGGAUAGGGACCGGCACAUUUGAGUAACACUUUUUCUAGAAUGGUUCCUCCGCUAACUCCAGCAGAGAGCAUAUUUCUAUCUCCAGCUUUCCCACCUGGGGUCCGUAACAGAGCACGCCCUCUCUUCCCACUAGCUUCCUCCGGGCCCGGAGUCGUUCUGGUUCCAGGUCCUCCGGGUGGGGAACGGGGCAGGAGAUGGAGCGGGGAGAAGGGAUUGCGAAGGAGAACUCUCCCUCUGUACUGCUCUGUGUUUCGCACUGAUCGAUAUUCAAACUACAGGAAUGUAGCAACAACGUAAUUACCUGGAACUGUUCUUUUUGGGGGGGGGAAAAAAAGAAACACACAAAAGUUUUCUGUGUCAGGUGUUAGGCUGGACCGGCAAUUGUGUGUGUGUUUUUUUUUUUUCUGUUUAAAAAAAAAAUGUUUACAAACCUGCCUCAAUCAACUCUGUCUUUUAUAAAGAUUUCCACCUCUCCACAGCCUUUGAGGCUGUCAGAAGAUGCUUGAAGACCCAACAAAAUCCAAAUUCAAGAGAAACUUUGCACAUAUUUAUAUUUAUAUUCAGAAAAGAAACAUUUCAGUAAUUUAUAAUAAAGAGCACUAUUUUUUAAUGAAA